AAUUAAAAAACAAAAAAAAUCAAAGCAAAUUGCGAUUGGUCAAUCUUAGGGGCGUGGCAGAGCUGCAAAUUAACAGAAAACUGGGUUCGGUUUUCUUGUCUGAAACCAAAACUAUUCAAUCAUGGCUGAUCGAGGGUUUGGCCAUUCUCAUUCGAUUCCCGUGAACAGUGGCACAAAUGAGGUUGAAGGGAAUUUCUCUUUGGAAGAAGAUGAAGCACGUCAAAAUGGAGAUGGGCCCAACGUCGUUUUGGGUUUGGACGGUGGUACCACCUCUACUGUCUGUGUAUGUCUUCCAUUGAUGGCGGACCCCAAUGAUCUCCCUGACCCUCUUCCUCUUCUCGCUCGCGCUGUCAGUGGUUGCUCUAACUACAACAGUGUUGGAGAGAAUGCUGCCAAGGAAACAUUGGAGCAGGUUAUCACAGAGGCCCUUACAAAAUCUGGUUCAAACUGGUCUGCUGUUCGUGCUGUUUGUUUAGGUGUCUCUGGUGUUAACCAUCCAACUGACCAAGAGAAGAUACUGAAAUGGCUAAGGGAUAUAUUCCCUUCGCAUGUUAAAGUAUAUGUUCAAAAUGAUGCUGUCGCAGCUCUUGCAAGUGGGACCAUGGGAAAGCUUCAUGGAUGUGUAUUGGUUGCUGGUACAGGGAGCAUUGCCUAUGGCUUUUCUGAAGAUGGCAAAGAAGCUCGUGCUGCGGGUGGUGGACCUAUCUUAGGCGAUUGGGGAAGUGGUUAUGGGAUUGCUGCACAAGCAUUAACUGCAGUAAUAAGGGCUAAUGAUGGCCGUGGUUCACAGACAAUGCUUACAAGUAGAAUUCUAAAGGCCCUUGGUCUUUCUUCUCCUGAUGAACUAAUUGGGUGGACUUAUGAAGAUCGAUCGUGGGCUCGCAUUGCAGCACUUGUUCCAGAAGUGGUGUCAUGUGCAGAAGCUGGAGAUCAAAUUGCACAUAAUAUUCUAACUGAAGCUGUCAAGGAAUUAGCUCUCAGUGUUAAGGCUGUUGUUGAAAGGCUUCGCUUGUGUGGUGAAGAUAGUACUGGCUCAUUUCCUGUUGUGAUGGUUGGCGGUGUCCUUGAAACGAAGAGGGCUUGGGAUAUCGGAAACGAAGUUGUGAUCUAUAUCAAGAAAUUCUUCCCUAAUGCUCAGCCAAUACGACCAAAGGUGGAGCCUGCUGUUGGUGCAGCAUUGUUGGCUUUCAAUUUCUUGAUGAAAGAAUCAGAAGUAAAUAAACAUAGCUAACAUUUGACUAUACAGCUUAUAAGUAACACAAGAAGUUUACAAGAAAGAAGCCCAAGAUUAUAACUUGAAAUCGAAUUUUUACAUAAGUGUUUUCAUCACUUUAUCUCUCUUGUUGCUAAGAAAGCGGCUUUAGGUGUUCCUAUGGCCAUCAGCAACUAUUUGUUGGAGUUUCACACUUUACCAAUGUACAAAUCAACUUUCUACAGAACCAAAAUGAUAUCUUUGUAUAACCCAAAUGAUUUUUUUGUUUGAUUCUUUGUAUAACCAGUGAAAGUUGAGAAGAAGAUUUUAUCAAACUCUACGCACUCUGUUACAUUUGUUUCCUUUGAUUCUGAUGGACCUUUUUUUCUCUUC